CAUUUGUAUCGUGACCGAAAUGUUACGUUGAUAGCAUGCUGGCUUAAAUAUGUCAGAAAGGAAAUUAAAACAAUCCAGUCAAAAUGACGAUUCCCCCUUUCACAAUAAUCAAACUUUCUGGUUGAGUGUUUGUUGUUUUCAGUCUAUCGCCGGUAAAGCGAGAGUAGCAUUCAAAUAUGAAAAAAUAAUACGGGCUCGUAUUCUUCAACUGCGCUGGAAACGUUGUUAUUCGGGACGCGAAAAGACAUAAUUGAAGUUGGAAAUAUGUGAUAAGGCUCUGUCUUCAACAAGCAGGGCUUUACGAACUGAAGUAGCUGCAAGUCUGCUUUAAUCAUUACUCUAUGGCACAGAGGUGAAAAUGUUCCAAGAAGGUUAAACAAAACUUAAAAGACAAUGGGGAAUUCGUACGCUGGGCAACUGAAAUCAACCCGCUUUGAAGAGGCUCUUCACAAUUCCAUCGAGGCAUCUCUCCGCUCCAACAGUGUCACCCCUCAACCUGUGUUCUCUCAGCUCUACCUUGACCAGCAAACUCUUAACUUGGAAGAUGUCAAGCCAAAGAUUGAGGAGAUGGACAAGGAGCUUUCCCUACUUUACCGAGAGAGGGGUAACCAGGAGCUUCUGAAUGAACAGGUCACCAACGAAGUGGACCAAGAGGAGGAGGAUGAGGAUGAAGACGUGUCAGAAAGCAAUAGUCCUCCCAUCCCCUACACGGAGAAACCAGCCCCCGAAGGGUCUUGCACUGUGGAUGGUUUCUGUCAGGCUGGUAGGGACUUGCGGCUGGUGUCUGUGAAUAUGGAGCAGAUUGAAGUCCCGGCAGGGUUCGAGUUGGUUGGUGCCAAGUCACCAAAUAUCCCCGAGCACAUACUUGUCUGUGCAGUAGACAAAAGGUUCCUGCCGGACGACAAUGGAAAAAAUGCACUUUUAGGAUUUUCAGGAAAUUGUGUAGGCUGUGGGGAGAAAGGAUUCCGCUACUUCACAGAGUUUUCAAAUCACAUCAACCUUAAACUGGCAACCCAGCCAAAGAAGCAGAAGCACUUAAAGUAUUACCUGGUAAAGAACUCUCAGGGUGCUCUGUCUAAAGGACCUCUCAUCAUCUGGAAAGAAUCUAAAGCAAGACAGUCAGCAGGCUUGUCAUCUGUUAAACCAAGUUCUUCAAGGUCCCCAACUAUGAGUCAAGAAAACGGAGCCAGUAACGGCUGCAGUUCGUCCUUCAUUCACACAGCAGACUCUCCAUCCAGUUGCACACAGACUUCCUCCACGAUCAGCUUAUAUGGAAGUCUGGACAUGUCCAGAGAUCGCACCCUUGUGAAACCUCCAGCUGUGUCCUCGCAGCUUGUGACAAAGAAUCAAGCCACAGCUCCUGCUGCAGCAUGUGCUAAUGGCUCUGCUAACGGGCUGAGUAAAAGCGGAAGGACCAGCAUGUCCAGCUCAUCACAACUCCCUCAACUGGCCGCUCAUUCCACCUCACACAGUCCUGGCUACAGCGCUGCAGACCCAGCAGCAAUGAGCUCUGGACCUCCUAAGAAAAGGCAUCGCAGCUGGUACCCUGGAUCUCCAGUGCCGAUUCCUGCCACAGCUGUCCCUAUUCCUGCAAUCCGCCCUGUAGCCCGAUCAUCAGAGCAACUGUUGUCAGCCCCUGCUCCUCAGCCCAUGGUGUCUGGCGUCUUGCAGCCUCAGGCCAUUCCUGCAGCAGAGACUGUGGUUGUACCUGAGAAUCUGCUCAAUAGCUCAGGAGUCAGACCAGUUAUUCUCAUUGGUCAUGGCACUUUACCGUAUUUCUAUGGCAACGUAGGAGAUAUAGUGGUUAGCCCACUACUGGUGAACUGCUACAAGAAUCCCCAGCUGAAUGGCAAGGCUUUGGAGAAGCUUGGCAUGGCUAGCAGCCAGUUACUGAGUGUGGAGAGUAUGAUCUUAUUGACCCUGCAGUACCUGGUUAGAUUAGGCUGUGAUCAGAUCCCACUGCGGGAGGAGUUUGAGCAGAUCGUCCUGAAGGCCAUGCAGGGGCUACCACUGCAGGAGCGCUCGUCCCUGCUGCCCAGCACCAGCCUCCCCUCCUGCUACUCGGUCUCUCAGGCUCAGCUGCCCUGGCUGGCACGCCUCACCGCUAGCGUCUCCAGAGACUCGGUGCACGUCCUCGUAACCCACAACUCCCUGAGGGAGGGCAUUUCAGAGACGCUUCGUUCCCUUAGCGAGAUCCCACAUCAGCAGCGUCUGCCUGACUAUGUUGUUGUGAUCUGCACCUCCAAGAUGCGAGGAAACGAGUUCUGUGUGCUGGUCCUAGGUCAGUAUCAGUCGAGGGCACUUGCAGAGAGCACGCUCACCACUAGCGAGUUCUUGAAAGAGAUCAGUUAUGAGCUGAUCACUGGGAAAGUCAGCAUCCUCGCUUCGCAUUUCAAAACAACCUCGUUAGGAGAUAAUUUAGACAAGCAGCUGGAGCGGUUUCAGCAGAGGAGAGGCGAUAAGGUUGUUGUGCCUUUCCGAGGUGGUGUUCACGAAUGCGUUCAGUCGCAGGAAGCUGCUGCCAUGGUGCCAAUGCAAGACACAGGCUGUAGCAAUGAAGUGUUCCAGAUCUACACUCCACAGUUGAAUGUGGCCCGCAAGCUUUUAUCCCAGGUGUGCUCCAUAGCUGACUCGGGCAGCCAGAGCUUGGACCUGGGCCGCUUCUGCAAAGUGGACUUCAUGAUCCUAGUGCCCCCCUCCGAGGUCCUCUUCCACCAGACUGCACAGCGAGUCAGACAGUCAGGAGUUCUGGUGGAUCUGGGUCUCGAGGAAGCAGCCAGCAUCCACCAGAAAGCAGAAAAAUGUGUUGUCCGGUUAGACAACGAUGUUCACAGCAAGUUUGAGGCUUUCGUAAGGAAAGUCAAGCAGAAUCCGUAUACCCUGUUUGUCCUGAUUCAUGACAAUUCCCACGUCGAUUUGACCAGCUUGAUCUCUGGGUCAGUGUCGCAUGGAGAGCUGCAGGGCUUGGCUGAUCGCGUCAUUAACUGCAGGGAGGCUCUGGAGUCGAUGAACCUCCUGGUCCUGCAGGUCAGCUCCUUCCCCUUCACCCUGCAGACACAGCAGUCCCGGAUCAGCGUUCACAACGAGGUGCACUGGCCACUGCAUGAGAACAACGAGGAGUCUGGCGCAGAGGAGCAGGUGUAUUUUGGUCUGAACGACUACAGCAGGUCCCUGCGGUGGGGCGUAGCGAGUCCUAUUCUGAGAUGCGAUGAUGCCUUUGAAAAAAUGGUGAACACUCUUUUGGAGAGGUACCCACGGCUGCACAGUAUGGUGAUUCGCAGCUACCUCCUCAUCCAGCAGUACACUGAGGCCAUGAUGGCCCUGACCUCCAUGACCUCCCUGCGGGACCACACAACGCCCGAGACCCUGGGUAUCUUGGACGACCUGAUCGGCAUGCCAGGCAGGGACAAGAGCGGCCGCGGCCACAUGCUCAUUAUCCGCGUGCCCUCGCUGCAGCUGGCCAUGCUGGCACGGGAGAGGCUGGAGGAGGUCCGCGACAAGCUGGGCCUCCAGUACCGCUUUGAGGUCAUCCUGGGCAGCCCCUCCUCCGAGCUCUGCCUCGCCAAGCACUUCAUAACCAGGCUCAAGGCGUGGAGAGGCUAUGAAAGUGAAGACUGGGUUCCCCGCACCUAUGAGGACCUGGAGGGACUGCCAUGCAUUGUGAUUCUGACUGGAAAAGAUCCACUCGGGGAAACAUUUCCCAGGUCGCUGAAGUACUGUGACCUGAGGCUAAUCGACUCCAGCUACCUAACACGCACAGCCCUGGAGCAGGAGAUUGGGCUGGCGUGCCAUUACGCAUCACGACACGCCACCCAGGAGCCCUUGGGGGCCAUGGUCUGGCCAGAACACUAUCAGGAAAAAGCCAGCAGCACUGAGAACGACUCAGAGGAGCUUCACAUCGACCUGGAGAGACCGCAUAGCAAUGGCAGCGCAGUCACUGGAACCUCAGUAGGCUCCAUCACAGAGAAUGGGGUGAGCUCUUCAAGUGCUGCGGACAGCUCCCAGAAGAUCUCAUCCUCCCUCACCUUUCAGAACAUGACCAGCAGUUCUGCUGAGGAGGGUGCCUCUCGGCCAGGCAUGAGGCAGGAGUGUGACUCACAGGGCAACCAGCCAGCCAGCAGCAGUGGCUCAGUCCCCCAGCCUUCCUCCUGUGGUGCCUCCACAUCCUCCUCCUCUUCCCACAACACCCAGAGACCUAGCCAGUCCACACGCGAGAGCUGGAGCCCCCCAGCUGCCCAGCCUCGCACCGUCAUCCUGUCCCGGGCAGCCUACAACCUGCUGGGCAGCGAGAGCACCGGCCAGCUGCACUCGUCCUCUCUGCUGCCCCACGCCGACGUAUCCUGGAGCAGCCACCUGCGGCCCCUCUUCCAUAGGGGCUUCAGCACCGAGGAGCAGUCCCUCUACUACCGACAGUGGACCAGCGCCCGACAGCACCAUGCCGACUGCAGGAACCAGGUCGGGCAAGAAGCCGUUGGCUUCCACCCACGCCGUUUAUUGCUGACUGGGCCACCACAGGUGGGGAAGACGGGGGCUUACCUGCAGUUCCUGCGAAUUCUCUUUCGCAUGCUGAUCCGCCUGCUGGAGGUAGACGUGUACAAUGAGGAGGAGGUUAACGAGGAUGUCACAGAAAGCAGUGAAUUAACCCAGCCAUCCAACGAUCAGUGGCCAGACAUUGAAGUCAUCAGCAAUAUGCCCUUUGACCUUCGCCCCCAUGAUCCGAAGUCCCGUCACACCAGUCCUGUGUACACAGAAAAACCGACCAAGUCUCUACAAGCAGGUUAUAAUAAAGAAAUAAAGUGUGAGGUAUCUGCCGAGCGGGAGACAGUCUCUAUAAUGCUAACCAAGUAUGCUGCCCACAAUACCUUUCACCACUGCGAACAGUGUCACCAUUACACAGAAGCCAGCCCAGCAACACAGCUGUCUGAUGCCACACUCCACGCAUUCACUUUUUCAUCCUCCAUGUUGGGAGGCGAGGUCCAGCUUCACUUUAUCAUUCCCAGAUCCAAGGAGAACUACUUUGUCUUCAGCCAGCAAGGGAGGCAACUGGAGAGCAUGCGGCUUCCCCUUGUUACUGAUAAGAGUGCUGAUGUGUUGAAGAGCCCCAUCUUCACACCAACGACAGGACGUCACGAGCAUGGCCUGCUGAACAUAUUCCAUGCCACAGAAGGUGCUGGUCACCUUCAUGUCCUGGUAGUCAAGGAGUAUGAGAUGCCUCUUUACCGCAAGUAUUGGCCCAACCACAUCCUGCUAGUCCUGCCGGGGAUGUUCAACAACUCCGGUGUAGGAGCAGCUCGGUUCAUGAUUAAGGAGCUCUCCUACCACAACCUGGAGCUGGAGCGAAACCGCCUGGAGGAGCUGGGGGUCCUGCGGCAGGAAGUCUGGCCCUUCAUCCUCAUCAUGGACGACUCCAGCGUUCUGUGGAAUGCUCACAAUGUUCAAGAGCAGACCAGUGAAACAGCAGAUGCAUCCCCCAGCUUCAAGAACAUCUCUUUAAAGAUAGUCCUGCAGCACAUGGAGGCUACUCCUAAGAUCACCCAGUACGCCAUGUGUGGUAUCCGGAAAUGGAGCCGCCACCUGGCAGCCAAGAGACCCGGUGCCCCUUUCUCACGCUGCCACAUCCACGACUUUGUUUUGCUCAACAUUGACCUGACCCAGAAUGUUCAAUAUGACCUGAACAGGUAUUUCUGUGAGGAGAUUGACUUCAAUCUGCGGGCUAAUAGCAGCGGCCUGCUGAUCUGUCGUUUUAAUAACUUCAGCCUCAUGAAGAAGCGCAUCCCUUGUGGAGGCCAUAAGGACUUUGUCAUUAAACCCAAGAUCUUGGUGUCUGAGAACCUUACCUCCAUCAACCCCUCGCAGUACGUCUGCGCCCCAGACAGCGAGCACAUGCUGCUAGCUGCUCCAGCCCAGUUCCUGCUGGAGAAGUUCCUCCAGCACAGCAGCUACAAACUCUUCCCCAAGGCCAUCUUCAAUGAGAAGAGCCCAGUUCUGGCCAUUGACUGCUACCUGAAUGUGAGCUCAGAGGUGUCGAUCUGUUACGUGAGCUCUCGGCCUCACUCAGUGAACCUGAACCACAAGGGGCUGGUGUUCAGUGGGUUGCUCCUCUACCUCUGCGACUCCUUUGUUGUUGCGGACCUGCUCAAGAAAUUCAAGUUCCUUAAAGGUGCCACACUGUGUGUUAUCUGUCAAGACCGGAGUUCGUUACGCCAGACUGUUGUGCGCUUGGAGCUGGAGGACGAGUGGCAGUUCCGCCUGCGUGACGAGUUCCAAACGGCAAACAGCAGCGAUGACAGACCCUUGUACUUUCUCACAGGGCGCCACAUCUGAUACCAAAAACACCAUUCGAAUUUCUUUUUUUUUUUUUCUCUCGUCAUUAUUGUAAAGGAUAAUCAUAACAAGCGGAGAGUGUGUUCAGCAAGAGCUGGGCUUACAGUCAUAUCCAAAGAAAUGGCAUUGCCCUCUGAUCAGAGAGCAAAAAGCACAUCUGAGACCACAGCAUUGCUAUGUAUACACUCUUCUGGAAGGCCUUAUUCCAUCUACACUGACCUUAAAACUGCACUAAUCAGAAUGAAAGAUGUCUAUAAAUAAAUACUUUUUAAAUUGUUGGGAUGUGCAGAAUGUCAGGCUGCUUUCUCAAAUGUAUUAUUCAGCGAUGCCAACAUGGACAAAUGCUGGUACUUGGACUUGCACAGCUGACACAAGAUGGUUUGAGAUUUGUUUGUGAAAGUACUCACACCAUGGGUGUGUGGAUUGUUUUAAAGAUUGUAAAGCAAGGGGGUUGUGCCCUUGGUUCUAGCUAAUACUGUACUUGAGGUACAGUCCAUCUCAGGGUUUUUAAAGAAAACACAACAUUCUCGCCAACUAAAUGUGAAGUGUUUAUGUUUUGUAUUAUAUGAGAUUUAUAAGUUUCUGUUCUGUGGACUUGUAAGAUGCACGGAUGCACAAAUGUAAAGUGGUGUUGGCACACGAUCCUUACUGGUCAUUUUGUCUCUGUAAUCCACACAAAGUGGUUGGACCCAAAGUAAGGAAAAAUGUAUUUGAUCGUAGUAUUUUUAAAGCACAAUCUCUUGUGCUCUGCAAACAGAUCCAUUGGAUUCUUGUGUUAAUAUAAACCACUCCUAAUGAAUUUAUAGUACUUCCUACCCAACCCAAAGAGAUUUCUUUAUCCAAUCAGAACUAAACUGAACUACCUUUUUCAAGUUUAAUACUGCGCCUUCCAAUACUUUAGAGAUACCCCAAAACCUAAAAAAUUAGGAAAACAUGCACGGUACUAAUAAAGCACAACAUUAUUGUAGCUGCUAUUAGAAUGGUCUGGCUAAUUAGCUGAUUUGGGGGUUUAGUGGUAACAUAUUAAAGUUAGAAUGGGAAAAAAAAGUUUCUAGGGAAGCUCAGACAGGCAUAGAAGGUGAUAACCAAAUUACUCUCUCUUGCUUUUAGUUUUGCAUUGAUGACGCAAAAAGCCCUUGUGGGAUUCUGAACUCUGGCUAUUUUAAGUGGUCUUCAGCAGCAAAGCUUGGGGCAGUUAACUUUUUUUACAAGGGUAGAGAAAAAAAAUAUAUAUAUAUAUAUAGAGGGAAGCAAUGAGACCGAAGCACAAAGUGGUCAAAUACUGGCAAAGGUUUGAACAACCAGUCCUCGACUUGAAUCUCUGGGAGAACAGCUAGCAUACCAUAUUUUAUUUAUUGUAAGUGAAGAAUGGACAUGCAAUAUUAAAAAUUGCACAUGGUAGUCCAAAUACUAGGAUUAUGUUUUUUUUACUCCCAAACUCUCAAUCCUAAUCUUUGAUCCCUGGGCAGCCACAGAUUGAACUGACAAACAGUCUCAUGAAAACUUUAUGGGUAUGGAAAAUGGGUUUAGAAAAGUUCAAGAUCCUUGAUUAAAGAUGUCAGAAUUUGACCAAUGAGGAGGAGGGCACCUGCCAAUUCUGCAUCUUUUCUUUUAUGGCUGGUUUCGUAGACUGCAAUUAGCACUAGUCUUGAACUUCAUUGCGUAAGGUUACGUUAAGCUAUCCAAGACUAGUGCUAAUCAGGGUUUGUGAAAUCAGCUGAGUUACUUUAUCUUCAAACGAAAAAGCAGUGUUUACAAUAAAAUAAGUUGUAGAGUAAUAGAUUAUUCUAAUGUAAAUGUCAGUGAAUAUGGUUUCUUAUUUUAUAGUAGAACAGUUACUUUGUUAUUGCUUUAUUGGAUUGCUGUGACGUGUUUUCAGACACAAAUAUUCUACCUAGAUUCCUGUGAUGUUUUCGUAAAAUCUUGUCAUAUCUCUUCUCAGAAAUUCGUAAUUUAAUUGGAAAAACAAUCCGGCCACUAAGCAGAAUUUAAUAUAUUUUAAAAAAGGGUUUUAGCCUGAUAGUGGUGUUAAAUGGAGUCGACAUACAUUUGGCUCAAAGACAAAUGGAUAGAUGGUGGAGCCCCCUAGAGGUGGGACUUGUAGUAACAUACUUAGAAGUAUACCUUUCUACUAAGACUUUAAAAUUGUCAGCUUCCAAAAUUCACUGUUAAAGCUGAAAUUUGCCAAAUUCCCAUUUACCAAAAAGGAAGGUACAGCCUCUAAACCAGUAGUUUUUUUUUAUUUUUUAUUAUUAUAUUAAAUGCUGAAACUGGUGUUCAAUUUGUCUGACAAAAUGCCAUGCCCGAACCAGGCACCAGUAAAAUAAAAAUUAAGUAAUUUAUCUGAUCUAACACUCAUGUUAUUUUCCAAUCACCUUCAUUAAUUUACUGAUGAAUGUAAACAGAAUGUCUUCUUUUUUCUGUUUUGUAACUAAAACUAUUUUAGGCACGUAACUUAUGCAAUCACUUUUUAUAAUUUUGUCUAAAUUGCUGUUUGUUUUGGUUCUUUUUCAUGAGGCCUCCUUGGUCGCCUGUGUGAUUUAUCUCACACUUUUAUCAUUUUCUAUUUGUUUUUUAACCUGUGGCUACAUAACAUUCAAAAUGUGCUUUUGGUUUAAAUUGAUGUAAUAAAUUGACAUUGGUAAA